ACAUAAGUCAGUUAAAAAAUAUGAAAUCUCUUGCUCUUCGGUCCGUGUUUUGGGCUUGCGCCUCAGUGUAUAUGUUUUGUGGUGUAUAUGUUUUCUGUUUUGUGCCUGCUGCCUGCGCCCUCUCAUUUAUGUGACGCCAUUUCCAGAUACGAUAAUCAUUCUUAUUUUUUAUAGUUAUUGACUUAUUGGAUAAUUUUAUCCAAUUUGUGUGUAUUCAUAAGUUUUUUCAGUGCUAAAGAAUGUCUGGUGGACCAUCUGGUGGUCGUAAUGACUGUAGAAUAUAUGUUGGUAACUUGCCCCCUGAUAUCCGCACUAAAGAUAUACAGGACCUUUUUUAUAAAUUCGGUAAGGUAACCUUUGUAGAUUUGAAAAAUCGUCGUGGUCCACCAUUUGCCUUCGUUGAAUUCGAAGAUCCCAGGUAAGAAAACAUGAAUUAUUGAAAGUCUCUUACAUGAUGUGGGAUUUGAGGAAGGUUCUUUUGGCACGAUUGGAGUAAACCUGGUGGUAGAGGAUAUUAUAUUUCAACUUGCGUGGCCGGGCUUGCUUAACUAUGAUUGUUUUUCCUUUCUUUGAGAGCCACGUCUUUCUCGUUGAUUGCGCGUGGCCGGGUUUUGUGUACUUAAGAUGGUCAAGAAAUGUGUGAAGUUGACAUUGAAUAAUUUCCAUCAUGAGCCAUUAUAGAUCAUCUACAAUUUGUGCUUCUAAUAUCAUGAAUGGCUGUACUAUUCUGCCACUUCUAAUUGCCUGAUAACAAAUGAUUGUUUCCAAGUUAUCGAUCAUCAGGGUGCUAAAGCUGCUUUUCUGCUUUAAGUCAUACAGGAGUGUGUGUGCCAAAAAAUGAGACUUACGACCCAAACAACCUAUCCAUGAAGUACACUUUUUCAUAUGGUUGUAGAACAAAAAAAUCGUCAAUUGAUUUUUUUUUUGUCCAUAUUUAGGGAUGCUGAUGAUGCAGUUCAUGCCCGUGAUGGUUAUGAUUAUGAUGGGUACAGAUUAAGGGUGGAGUUCCCAAGGGGAGGGGGUGGGCAUGGCUUCCGUGGUGGAAGAGGGGGUGGUGGUGGUGGAGAAAGAGGCAGGGGAAGCCGAGGACCACCGGCCAGAAGGUCACAGUUCAGAGUACUGGUAACAGGUUUGCCUCCAUCUGGCUCUUGGCAAGAUUUGAAAGACCACAUGCGUGAAGCUGGCGACGUUUGCUUUGCUGAUGCAUUCAAAGAUGGCUCUGGAGUUGUCGAGUUUUUGCGAUAUGAAGAUAUGAAAUACGCCAUCAAAAAGUUAGAUGAUUCCAGAUUCAGAUCACAUGAGGGCGAAGUGUCAUAUAUUCGUGUGAAAGAAGACAAAGGGGGCAGCGAACGGCGCUCAGGGGGCCGUUCAAGAAGCCGCUCCUUCUCGCCGCGCAAUCGGGGCUCGCCCACUUACAGCCCCGUCAAGCGCAGCUACUCGAGAAGCAGGUCCAGGUCGUAAUUUCAAUGUAGCCUGCAUGGAGAUAUGAAUUCACUAAUCGUGGUUCUAAUUAUUGUCUGCGUCCCGCAAUAGGUUGACGUUGAAGAAGCAAAUUUCUUUUUGAGAUACUUUUAUUAUGUAGAUUUGUGUUUAUUAUUUUUGUGUGUACAUUCCUCCAUGUCUUUGAAACUGUCACUCAUUCCUUUUAACAUAUUCUAGUAUGAUUUUAUACUAUGCCUCUAUGAAGAUAAUCUCUAAAUAUAAACCAAAACUAUGUUGAUAAAAUCGUUGAACAAUGUAAGUCACAAAAGUUGAACAAACAAGUUUUUUUCUUAGGGCACGUUUUUGAUUGAAUCACUUCAUCUUGCUUUCAUGAAGCUCUACUUAAGAAUAUUACCAAUCUACGAGGUCUGUAAGUUAAUUGAUGAGACUGAUUGUUGUUAUUUGUCUAUUCAAGUAAUUUUAUAUUGUCACCCUCAAAAUAACUUCCUUCUGAAGCCACACAUCACUGGAGACCGUUCUUCCGCUCCUCAUAACAGUGCUGAUACUCGGAUACUGGAAUAGCCUUCAGCUGGUUGGUUACAGCUGUUUGAAUUUUUUCGACUGUUCCAAAAUGCGAGUUCCCUUUUGGGGUGAUUUUUCAACUUCGGAGAGAAAAAAGUCAAGGACUCAAGUCAGGUGAAUAAGGAGGCACAGGAAUGUUUUUACUGGGUAAAAACUCUGGUAUUGACAUUGCUCAGUGACAAGGAGCAUGCUGUUGUUCCUGAUCUGAUGAACGGUGGAGUGAGUUGAAUUUAACUCUACCCUGAUCAUUCUAUCAACCGACGAUCUGAAUGGACAAGAUCCCAAAUUCUGCCGGUAUUUUCAUUGGGUCUUGAAGAUGAAAGCCUACCACUUCAUGGUUCAUCUUCAGUCACGUCGCACCCCUCUGAAAAUGCCUUAAACCACCAAAAAACAUGGGCUCACGACAAAACGCUGUCUCCGUAGGCCAGUAGAAAAAACUUUCACAAAAAAAUCGGUGGGGACAAGCCAGUUCUAACUUGUAUUGAAGGCGGAUUACAUGUUCCCCUGCCUCACCUCCAAGUCCGGCGCCCACAGUGUUGCCAGAUGAAACGCUACGAUGCCAGUCUUGUCACUUACAGACCUCGUGUAUACUGCUAAAGCAAGUUUAUUGUACAGCAUACACAUUUUACGUUGGUUAGAUUUUUGGUGUGACAGUUUCGAAAUGGUUCAUUUUGUUUAUGUAAUUUUCUACGAUUUUUUUUUCUAGUUUGUAAUAUGGUAAGGCAUAAGCACUAAUUGUAACUUUUUUCUUCUGAUUAUGGUACCUUUGCUGAGCCUGUGUAUCAGCGUUGGACAGUUAUUGGAAAAUAAAGGACAUAAGUAUGGCUUAUAUUCUGUUAACAAAAACAUACCAGGGAGCCAGAGAGGAAUUAUCAAUUGAAAAGGAUUCGGAUUACUCAAUCUAAAGGGAUAUUUGAGGAUACAUUACGCGGGACUUACAUUCAGGAUCACUCAGGGAGACUCAUUUGGAUUGUCGCUUAUUGGAUCAAGUGGAUUUACGCACUUUGGACAGGAUUUCGGAAUAUUUGAAAAUAUGGGAUCAGACAAUUUAUUAUGAGACAAUAGACUUCUAUUCAGCAUAUAAUGAAAUGUUAUAAGAACACAUCUGCCAUGACAUGGUGCUGUGACUAGAAUAGAAAACCUUAAGACCAACAAAUGAACAUUUAAGUGUUCAUCUUUUAUGCUGAAGUGCUGUUGGAACAACUUUGGGGCACAUAUUGACGAGUAGAUUCCUACAUAUACUUAUGAGUAGUAACUCAUAAGAGGGAAUCUGUAUUUUUUAAUAAUACUCGUAAUCAAGAGAUAAUCGUUUAUUGCAUAAUAUAGCUAGGAAUUGCGAAGAUAUACCCAUGUUGGCACUUAUAGAGAAAGUCUUAUUUGGAAUGUCUGGUUGGGACUAAAAAGUUAACGCAAAUCAUAUUGAGUCGGCUGUAUCUGACAGUGCUACUGAUCUCAUAUUUUCCAAUUGUCCGACAAAAUAAGCUCUUGGAUAGGAUCGCGAGAAACUUGGGAUUUGGAUUAAUUUGGAAAAGGACAUUCAAUUUGGAUAAGGAUAAGAAAAAAGGACAUUCAUUAAUGAAAAGGAUAAAAAGGACAAUCAGUCGGUAAAUACAUUUUUUCCAAACAAAUGCUUCAUUACAAUAAACUGCCGUUGUGUAGGAUGAUGACAAAUACAUAAAAAUGAUACGAGUAAUUCAUUGAUUUAACAUUAUCAUCUUGAUUGAUUAAAUUGUUCUCCUUCAAAAAUGAGAUAAUUAGAAUAGUUCUUUGACACUGUCAUUAUUUGGCGUGUGGCCGCUAAACUACUUAAUUUUUGUAAUCAGUCAUCCUACACGCAGUUUGUUCGUUAAUAUCUGGUGUGUGAAAAAUAACGUUUCCAUUUGCUCUCUGCUUCCCUCAUACCUUCCCUUUCCAUAUCCCAAAUAUUUCUGCAUUGGGUAGCACUCUUAAUAUCAUAACAAAAAAAGAUGGACAAAAGUAGUUCACUUUUAUUCUAUACAUUUUCACUGUUUUCUUCGGGGGCCUCGAUGAAUGAAUAAAUGAAUUUAGAGGGGGCCUUGAUAGCCGAGUGGUUAGCGCGUCUAGCUAGCAAUCGGUCUACCCGAGGUUUGCUCCUCCGGCUCGGAAGUUAAUUCCGAGCCAUGGAUGUUGUGUUGUGUGUUGGCUAUAUAGGUACAUCAUAUCACUGGAGCUGGUUUAUUUAUCAGUUAUCAAUAGAUGGCUUGUGGAGUAGUACAGUGUUGGUACUACAGGGUUGACAAAAAGGCUCAAUGGUGGCCUUAGUUGUCAGUCUUCACCUCCUCACCACCACCACCACCACUACUACUACUGUGUCUGAUCAUUUUGUUUAGUCCCUCUUUUUUUGUUACUUUGUAUAUACAAUUUUCAAUUUGAUAAAAUAUCAAUUUCUACCCAACACGUUUUGUUGCCCAGUUUUGGUAAGUUACAGCUUGAUACAUUCAAAACUUUUCGCUUAUUGGGUGAUAUAUAUUUUUACUGAAGUGCAGACAAAUAGUCAGUACUAGAUUCUAUCUUCAUAGAAGCUUGAAAUAUGGAAGUAUUGUAUUCCUAUUUACUCAAACAACAGAACUAUGAGUUUCUGGUUAUUGGUAUAGGAACAUAUGUUGUUUCUGCCAGCUUUUUUCGCAACCGACAAGAAGUUUUAUCUGUAAUGCUGGAACUCGCAUGUUCUAUUAACGUACGAAAUCGACAUCUUUGGUAGCGAUAUUAUUGCCAAAAAUGUAAGAGUUCGUCAGCGAUCUUGCAAUUGUUAUUUGUUAUGCAAGCUUCCAAAUGAAAUUUCAAAGAACCUCAAGUAUUCGAACCUAAUAAUGUAAUCCUUUUUUCUUUAUUGGUAUGUUAGGUGUCACAAAGAGGAUAGAAAUGGGUACCUCUUCGAGUUUACUACACUUUCAUAAGUGGAUUUGACAACUAUAUUGAUAUUUCCAAGUGGCACUGUCAACUUGCGGAGGUCGUUCAAGGACAAAUAGUAGGAUCAUUUUGACCAGUCUCGUUUCUCUGGAAAGGAUUCUUUACAGGUAUUCAGAUUUUCUGUUCCAGUUGUGUCAUGAGCUAACAGUGUUCCACAUGUAUUAACCAUAGAUUAAUAAAUUAUGAAAAUUGA